AUGAUAUCAGCGCUGUCGUGGGUGCGGCGGGGAAAGGCUUUAGCGGUGCCAAAGAGGAGGGAGGAGGAGGAGGAGGAGGAAGAGGAGGAGGAGGAAGAAGAAGACGAAGAGGUUCUGAGCAAGGAGAACGCAGUGAGAAGAGCCAUCUCUGCGGCUUCGGCUGUUAAGAGCGAUGGGGAGCUUGCCGAGUACGGGCUGGACAAGUACGACGACGAGGACGAUGAAGCGCUUGGAGUCCUCGGGGCGGUUGGCCCUCCGAUGUUUCGAUCCAACAUGGAGGAUCCGUAUAUCACGCUCCCCGAUGAGGAGGAUGACUCGGACGCGGACGAGGACAACAUUAUCCGCCCGACAGACUCGUUGAUCUUGGCUUGUCACAGUGAGGAGGAGGGGCACACGCUCGAUGUUUACGUGUAUGACGACCAGGAGGGAACCCUGUUCGUUCACCACGACCUCAUGCUCAACGCCUUUCCCCUCUGUCUCACUUGGCUCGACUGCGCUCGCACUGACGGGUCUGUUGGAAGCUUCUGCGCCAUCGGCACCAUGGACCCAGCCAUCGAAGUAUGGGACCUCGACUGUCUCGACGCGUUGGAGCCCGUGGUUGUGCUGGGAGGAGAGGACAUGGAAGGGAAGGCCGAGCUGCCAGCAUCCAAGGGGAAGAAGAAGAAGAAGAAGGCAAAGAAGGUUCUCAAGGAGGGCAGUCACAAGGAAGCGGUCCUCGGCUUGAGCUGGCAUCCGAUCCAGCGGCACGUGCUUGCCAGCGCCUCAGCAGACAAGACGGUGAAGGUGUGGGAUGUCCCUCGAGGACAGACCCUCCACACGCUCACCCAUCACUCGGACAAGGUGCAGGCGCUUCAGUGGCAUCCCACCAGCGCUGCAGUCCUCCUCUCCGGCUCCUUCGACAAGACGGCGGCCGUGCUCGAUGUGAGAGCGGCGGCUGCAGACUGGAAGGCUGCGGGCAAGUGGCCAGUGACGUCAGACGUGGAGUGCGUCGCAUGGAACCCGCACGAGGAGCAUCAGUUCUUCGUCAGCACCGACUCCGGCAUGGUCACUUGCCAUGACGCGCGGCAGGCUGGGAGCAACCUGUACAGCAUCGGGGCCCACGACAAGGCAGUAACGGGGCUGGCACUGAACCAGCAAGUGAACGGGCUGAUCGCGACGACGUCGCUGGACAAGACGCUGAAGUUGUGGGAUGUGAGGGGAGGAAAGGCGGAGUUCAUCACGACUAGGAACAUGGACGUGGACCAGGUAUUCUGCUGCUCCUGGAGCAUGGACCCGGAGGCUGCGUACGUUCUUGCAGUUGGGGGCAAGGAUAGCAAGCUCGUUGUGUGGGACACGACGUCGAACGCGAGCAUCAGGCAGAGGUUCCCGACGGGUCGGAAGGAGGAGGACUACGAGGGGAUGGAGGAGGAGAUGAACAAGAUGAACAUUGACUCGGAGGAGGGAGAUUCCGACUCGGAGGAAGAGGAGGAGAAGCCCAAGCCGAAGAAGAAGCCAGCAAUGCCGGCGAAGAAGGGCAAAGGCAAAGGCAAGAAGUAGUCCUGCCGCUCCUGAGAACAUGUGGGGAGCAAGAGGUCAAACGGCUUUGCAUUGGUUUAUGUUAGUCAAAGAAAGGAAGAG